AAAGAGGAAAGAAAGAAAAAACCCCAACCGAUUCCCUCCAUUUACUAUGUCCACCGUCCUCCACGAUCUCCUCCUCCUUUGUCUCAACUCUCUCGCCUAAUAAUUACUCACACUCCACCUCUCAGUUUCCACUCCUAAUUCAAUCCUCCCGUUCAUCGGAGCUCCCUCCUGCCACCCGCCGCCGGCGAGGUCAAAGCCACCGUCUUUUGUCACCUUGCGAAUGUCCGAUUGAUUUAGUCUUCCGUUUUCUAGAAAUUCGAACCGCUAUGGCAUCUGGGUCGGACCUUCUGGUCGGGACCGCUUCCUUUUGACAAACUUAGGGGGUGGUUUUUAAUGGUGGAAAAAGAAAAGGGGGGAGAAAAGAAGGGUCUCCGUCCGUUUCCCUGUUUUCUCAAAUGCUCUUGCCCUUCGACUUGCCUCUGCUCUUAAUUCUUCUUGCUGUCUCGCAUUUGGGUUGUCUCGCUAGAAGAUAAAGUCGGAGUCUUUUGUCUCCCUUCUCCUUCUCCCGUUCGUUUCCGUUCAGUGGUCAAUUCUCUGAAUUGGAUGUGGUGGAAAGAGUGAUUUAUUCUCUUGUGGGGAUGAUUUCCGGAGAUGGGUUUUGAUUUUGACGUUGGAAUGGAGCUGGGUUUGCUUCGAUAGCACCUCAGAGUGUCACUUUUGGAGCUGGUUCUCAGUUUUGACUUUUGACAGUUGGUUGGAGGUGAAUUUGGGGGUCUUUUUUGUGAUUUGGUGUGAGAGAGAAGGAAGGGCUGGUGUGGUGUAGAUUGAAAGCGAGUUCCAAGAGUUGGUGGAGCAGUGCUCAGAGUUUGCUUUCAUGCAUUUUAGAUUCCACUGAAUUUUGUGUUCUUAACAGCAGAGAGGGGCAUCAUGAUUUAGAUUGUGCCCUUCUGAUUUUGGAAGGAGUGAACUUCUGCAGUGAUAUUAGUUAAACCUGGCCAUGGCGGAUCCUUGGAGGAUGAGAGACGCAGAGAGAAUGAAUCAACCUCCUUUGGUUGACACAACAGCUUGCUUAUGUAGAGUAGAUGCAGGCCUCAAAACCGUGGCAGGUGCCAAAAAGUACGUCCCGGGUAGCAAGCUAUGUCUUCAACCAGACAUCAGACCAUCUAUCCAUCCAACCAGACAUAAACCCUCACGAGGAGAUAGAAACCGAAAUCAAUCCCCAUUGCUCCCGGGACUCCCUGAUGAUCUCGCCAUUGCUUGCUUAAUCCGAGUACCUAGAGCUGAGCAUCGAAAGCUUCGACUCGUCUGCAAGAGGUGGUACCGUCUCUUAUCUGGUAACUUCUUCUACUCGCUUCGAAAGAAUCUUGGAAUAUCCGAGGAAUGGAUAUACGUGAUCAAGAGAGACAGGGAUGGGAAAAUAUCUUGGCAUGCUUUCGAUCCCAUAUACCAACUAUGGCAGCCACUUCCACCUGUCCCCAAGGAAUAUUCUGAAGCCCUAGGUUUCGGUUCAGCUGUUCUAAGUGGCUGUAACCUCUACUUGUUUGGCGGCAAAGACCCUUUGAAAGGAUCGAUGAGACGGGUCAUUUUUUACAGUGCUAGAACUAAUAAGUGGCACCGUGCACCCGACAUGCUUAGAAGACGGCAUUUCUUUGGUUCGUGUGUUAUAAACAACUGUUUGUAUGUAGCAGGUGGGGAGAACGAGGGCGUCCACCGUCCAUUGAGAUCAGCUGAAGUUUAUGAUCCCAAUAAGAACAGAUGGUCACUGAUUUCAGAUAUGAGUACAGCAAUGGUGCCCUUCAUUGGGGUAGUUUACGAGGGUAAAUGGUACCUUAAAGGACUCGGGACUCACAGACAGGUUUUGAGUGAAGUCUACCAGCCGGUAACCGAUAGCUGGUAUCCUGUUUAUGAUGGCAUGGUGGCAGGGUGGAGAAACCCAAGUGCUUCCUUGAAUGGAAACCUCUAUGCCUUAGACUGCAAGGAUGGGUGCAAGCUUAGGGUUUAUGACGAAGAGACCGAUUCAUGGAGCAAGCAUAUCGAUAGCAAGUUGCAUCUGGGGAAUUCUUGUGCUUUGGAAGCAGCUGCUCUUGUUCCACUGAGUGGGAAGCUGUGCAUCAUUAGAAACAACAUGAGUAUAUCGGUUGUCGACGUUUCGAGAUCCGAAGAUCUUGGGGAAGCUCCCGCUGAACAUUUGUGGGGGACUCUUUCUGGUAGAGGGCAGUUCAAGACUUUGGUCUCGAAUCUUUGGUCGAGCCUUGCUGGGAGGAAUCGCCUGAGGAGCCACAUUGUUCACUGCCAGGUUCUUCAAGCAUGAGAAGUGUUGACACCACAUUUUGUCCGAAUCGAAACAUGGUUAAAGAAGUUGUAGAAGUUGUUUAAGGUUGGUAGUUGUGAAAUUUAAACGAUUUCUUAGAGUGAAAUUAGAAGUAUCUAUAGAUGUGGGCUUGUCUCGACCAGAAAAGAUCAACAAUAUAGUAUCUAAAAAUGCCGAUUUGAUUUGGUCACAGUCAAGCUGAUGGUGCUGGGUUGCCAACUUGCCAUGUUUGGUUUUGGUUAUAAGAAUUAGACAAUUUGCUUGGUUUGGUUACCAUCAAA